AUGAUUGCAAGGAGUACAGCAUCGUCGUCAACGGCAACAUCACGUCCGUUAUUGCCAUACGUAACGCACUAUAGCGAUUCGGGCUUCUCCAGUACGCUAAGCAGUGGUUCCAGUUGUUCGUUUCUCCCUCCACCACCACCCUAUCGUGGAUUCCGUGGUUCCACCAAACAACAGCAUCGAAUUCAUCGUAGUUUGAGCGAUUCAAAAUACGGCUCAACAACUGAAUGCCAUCACAUGAGACUUCCAACCGGUCUAUGUGCUGGCAGUGUCAAUUUACAAGAAUUAUGUCGUACCCCACGUGCUGGUAGUUGGACAUCCAGAAGUCCAUCACCAUCAAUGUCAACAGUAUCCUGUCCAGAAUAUCCGGAAUUGCAGGAGAAAUUGCAUCGAUUGGCAAUGGCUCGUGAUAGUUUGUCAUUGCAGGUAACAAUAUUAACAGAACAAGUCGGUGCUCAGAAGGAAAAAAUACGUGAUCUGGAAAAUCUUUUAGCAACUAAAGCGAACAAUUUAGAUUCAACGGAAGAAUUGCUGCAAGAACGUGUCGAUAGCAACGGUGACUUGGAGUCAAAAAAGUUGGACCUUUUAGCAGAAGUUUCAAAGUUGAAACUCAAAUAUGCUACCUUGGAGAAGGAAAAAAUGGAGACAGAAAGGAAGCUUCAACUUUCGCAGGCUGAGAUUGAACAUUUAAAUCAAACAAUGCAAAGUUUUGUCAUGCAACAUGGUCUCCCUCCACAGGUUUAUAAGGCACAGAUUCAUGCCCAAUUGCCAUAUCAGCAAGUGCUUGGUGGUAAUGUCAGUGCGGAAACUGAUCAAGCAGCGGAGAUGGUGCAAUUACGAAUGGCUGUACAACGACUUAUUAUGGAUAAUGAGCAGAAAAAUAUUCAAAUUAGUUCGUUAAGAAAUGCGUUGGAUGAACAUUGCCGUAAUGGACGUGAAGGUGACGUUUGUGCAGCGCCGACGAUCUCUCUGCCACGUUGUUACAUUCAAAAUAAUUUUGAAACUUCUCAGCCGUUCGAUAUCAAUACUCAACUUAGAAGAUUACUACUUGAUGACGCGAGCGAACAUAUUGCUCAUUCUUCAUCUUUUCCAACCAGUCUUUGUAGUGCCCAGCAGCGAGGUGCGAUCUCUUCAAGAGCACCUUCAGCAGUGCAGUCAUCGUCAUCCUAUACCUCAUCAUUAUCAACAGCAUCACCGCAACAUAGUUGGUCGAAUUCGGGUACUCCAAGACUACAAACUAAUUAUGAUCCUACCAUCACUUUACCACCUCUUUCUUCUAGAGCGACUGGCCGUACUGCUCCAAACUAUCACUCACCAUCAUCUCCGGCUGCUCGACAGUUGGCUGCUGAACUGGAUGAACUGCGUCGUAUUGGAAAUGAAAUGCAGCAUAAGCAUGAUGCAUUUCAGAAUCCAAGCUUUUCCAGGUCGUUUACGCGCAAAGCUGCUUCAACUUUAACACUACCGCGUAAAAAGCUUUCUGCAGCAUCUUCCGGAGGUAUAUCAGCCGAAAGUGAUGACGAAAUAAUGCGAGGGGUGCAGACGAGAUCUUCCAUUGAAAUUGGAAAAUUUAAACGUGGAAAAACAAGGUCUUCAUUAAAGAAUUUAUUUGGCAAACUGACAAGAAGUGCUUCACAAGAAAUUAGAUCAGCUGAUUUUCAACGUGCUGGUACCUUGAGACCAGCACAUUCAGCACGGAUACCUAUUUAUGGACCAAUAUCUGGCGCCAUAGCCCUUCGACCACCAUUGCAGCAGUUUGUUGACUGGAGCAAAGAGCAAAUUUGCGAAUGGAUGGCGGAAAUUGGUUUCAGUGUUUAUGUACCCGAAGUUGAGCGUUUUAUACGGAGUGGUCGACAUCUGUUGAAUAUGACUAAUCAAGAAUAUGAAAAGGAAUUACUAAUGAGGAACCCAUUACAUAGAAAGCGUUUGCGUUGCAUAUUGACUAGUAUAAGUCGUGGUGUUAGAGAUUCUGCGGAUCGUAUGGAUUUACAUCAGGUGUUGUUAUGGUUAGACGACAUCGGGAUACCACAGUAUCGUGAAAGUAUGGCUGAAAAUAUGAUUGACGGCCAAAUGCUAACACUGCUAACUGCACAAGAUUUGAUCGAAAUGAAAAUCACUUCUGCUCUUCAUCAUGCGACAGUUGCUCGCGGUGUACAAUUCCUACGAUCGGUUGAUUUUUAUUCAAAUCGUUUGGAAAGAAGAUUCAAUCCCGAUUUAAUCCACAAAGGAGCAUGUCCGAAUGAAGUAGAACGAUGGUCACAUCAUUGCACGUGCGAAUGGCUGAAAGCAAUUGAUUUAGCUGAAUUUACACCUAAUCUUUUAUGUGCUGGAAUCCAUGGUGCACUAAUGGUGCAUGAACCAACUUUCACUGCAGAAACAUUAGCUGAAGUAUUGCAAAUGCCUGCUCACAAAACGCUUCUCCGACGUCAUCUGGCAACUCAUUUCAAUCAGUUAUUAGGUCAAGAGGUCAUUAGUCAUAAGCGAGCUGUGCUUGCACAACCACUCGUUGUCCAAAUGUCUCCCUUAUUGAAAAUUAAGGCAAGUUACAACACUUAG